AUGUACCUUGAAGAGUUAAUCAUCGAGGGCUUCAAGUCCUAUGUCUCAAGAACACACAUCACCGGUUGGGAUCCCGAGUUUAACGCCAUCACCGGUCUUAAUGGUUCAGGAAAAUCUAACGUUCUGGACGCUAUUUGUUUCGUACUCGGCAUCACCAACUUGUCUCAUGUUCGAGCCAGCAAUCUACAAGAUUUGAUUUACAAACGUGGCAAUGCUGGCGUGACAAAGGCUUCUGUGACGAUUGUCUUUAACAAUGAGGAUCGGGAAAGAAGUCCAGUAGGCUUUGAAAACUACAAACAACUUACAGUGACUCGACAGGUCUUGAUGGGAGGUCGUACGAAAUAUAUCGUCAACGGACAUAACGCACAGCAACAAACCGUCCAAAACUUGUUCCAAUCCGUCCAACUCAAUAUUAACAAUCCGCAUUUCUUGAUUAUGCAAGGCAAAAUCACCAAAGUGUUGAACAUGAAACCGGUCGAGAUCCUAAGUAUGGUGGAAGAAGCAGCAGGCACGAAAAUGUUUGAGGAUCGUAAAAACAAAGCUAUCGUCACUAUGGGUAAAAAGGAGCGUAAAGUGGAAGAAAUCAAUACGAUUCUACAAGAAGAAAUUGCACCCAAGUUAGAUCACCUUCGUGCCGAGAAACGCUUGUACCUGGACUUCCAGAAAACAGAAUCUGAAAUGGAACGAUUGAACCGUGUUAUGGUAGCAUACGAGUAUAAUCGGCUUGAGGAGAGACUGAAUAAAUCCGGAGUGGCUAGCCGUCAGGAACGUGUGAAUCAACUGAUGGAGGAAAAGACGGUGUUGGAGAACGAACUACAAGCGAUUGAGGAGGAUCGAAAUGCUGCUGCUUCAAAGCUUGCAAACGACUCGACUAGUAAUAGCAACUAUCGAAAACUUGAAAAUCAAGUCAAGGAUUAUUCAACACAACUUGUACGACUGAAAACGAAACGCGAUUUGCAAGAAGCAACCACUGCUGAUGAACAAAAAGCCUUCUCAAACUUGGCGUCAAAUAAAGGCGAGAUGGAACGCAAUCUUGCUGAAAAGGACGACUCAUACGAUAAAAUCAAUCAGCAAUACGAAUCAUACAAGAAAACACACGAUGAAAAGGUGGAGGAGCUGCACAAAAAGUCUGAGCUUUUACAGACGUUGACGACCGGUAUUUCGGCAGAAGAGGGCCACGAAAGCGGUUACAUGGAACAGUUACAGAGCGCCAAGAAUGCAGUCAACGAAGCCUCCACGAUGGAAGAACAAUCCAAUCUCAAGAUAGCACAUCUGAAAAAAGAACUCAAAGAAAAAGAGCCACAAGCAACGCGUGCUGAAAAAGAAGACGAAGGAUUACUAAUAGAAAUGUCAGUAAAGCGAAAAGACCUGUCAGAAACGGAAAACCAUUUAGCUACAUUGCAUUGGAAUCCAGAGCGCGAAAAUGAUCUGAUUUACCGCAAAAACCAGGAACGAGAGACCAUCAUGGAGUUAUCUGACCGAGUCGAAAACCUAUCACGACGAUUGUCCAAUUUGGACUUUUCCUAUUCUGAUCCCUCGCCCAAUUUUGAUCGAUCCAAAGUCAAAGGUCUUGUCGCCGAACUGAUCAGCCUCGAUAAACAAAACUACAAUGCCUCCACAGCACUCGAGAUUUGUGCUGGCGGUCGUUUAUACAACGUUGUAGUCGAGAACGAGGUUGUCGGUGCUCAAUUACUCGACAAGGGACGCCUACGACGACGUAUCACUCUGGUACCACUCAACAAGAUCCAAGGCUUCCGUGCGUCUGCAGACAAGAUUGCCAAUGCACAGCGUAUCGCACCCGGCAAAGUCGACCUAGCACUUUCGCUCGUGGGCUAUGAUGAGGAGGUCGAACCAGCCAUGGACUGGAUUUUUGGCAACACGCUGAUUUGUGAAGAUGCUGCUACUGCGAAGAAAGUCACGUUCGACAAUAGCGUCCGCAUGAAAUCUGUCACGCUCGAUGGUGAUGUCUAUGAUCCAUUUGGAACGCUUUCUGGUGGCUCAAAACCGCAGUCGUCGGGUGUUCUUGUCACGAUGCAGGAACUGACCGAGAUUCGACACGAUAUUGAAGAACAUCGUUACACGCUUGAACAAAUUGAACGAGAGCUUUAUGAUGCGCAAAAGGCCAUUGCCGAAUAUCAAAAGUGCAAGCAGCGUUUGGACCUGCAAUCGCAUGAAAUUUCGCUUUUGGAGAAUCGUCUGAACCAGAGCAACCAUGCUCAGCUUAAACAACGAGUGAACGUUAUUAAAGUCCAAAUACAAGAGCAAGAAGAGGCCGUUGUUAAGGCCAAAGAAGCACAUCGUGAGGCACUCAAGAAUGAAGAGCGGAUUCAAAAUGAAAUGCGCGAAUUCAAUGCCAACAGAGACUCAAAGCUAAACGAAAUGACGGAUCGUGUUGCAAAACUCCGGGUUCAAGUAAACAAGGAAGCACAAAGAGUCAAUGACAUGCAUCGCGCAGUACAAACAUUGGAGCUUGAGCGAGAACAGCUGCGAUCCGACAUUUCAUCUUGUGACCAAGAUAUGAAACGUGUACGAGACACAAUCAACGGAUAUAAGGAACUCCAGUCCGGGAUGGCACAAGAGAUUGAAGAAAUAAAAAAGAAUCUCGAGACAGCGCAAGAGGAUUUACAACGAGAAACCGAAGUGCUUGCUUCUUUCAAUGAAGAGUUGAAGGAGCUUGAAGCAUUACAACAAAAGAAAGCCAAGGAGGUCAAUGAACACAACCUUGAGAUCCAGAAAAUUAAGCACGAGCUGGAAAAGUUUCAUCGAGACCAGCAUGGAGCACUGCAAGCUAUCGCUGAUCUGGAGAAUCAGUAUGAUUGGAUUGUUGAUCAGAAGCAAUUCUUUGGUGCAUCAGGGACACCCUAUGAUUAUACAAACAUCAAUAUUGGUGAUUCUCGAAAGACACUGCAACGGCUACGUGACAAGUACGAGUCGAUGCGGAAGAAGAUCAAUGUUCGAGUGAUGAACAUGAUUGACAAUGUCGAAAAGAAAGAGACAUCUUUAACGACCAUGCUUCAAACGGUCCAAAAGGACAAGCAAAAGAUUGAGGAUACCAUCAAGUCGCUAGACGAUUACAAAAUGGAAGCACUUGAACGAACGUGGAGUAAAGUCAACAAGGACUUUGCCGAGAUUUUUGCAGAUUUGUUACCCGGCAACACAUGUCGACUGCAAGCACCCGAAGGAAAACAGAUUUCGGAUGGCUUGGAAGUCAAAGUGAAUCUUGGUGGUGUGUGGAAGCAAAGCCUGACUGAACUAAGUGGUGGACAACGAUCACUGAUUGCACUUUCGCUGAUCUUGUCACUACUCCAAUUCAAACCUGCACCAAUGUACAUUCUGGACGAAGUCGAUGCAGCCUUGGAUUUAUCACAUACACAAAACAUUGGUCAAUUGUUACGGACACGGUUCAAAGGAUCACAGUUUGUGGUUGUGUCACUCAAGGAUGGCAUGUUUAACAAUGCAAAUGUCCUUUUCAGAACCCGGUUCCGGGACGGCACGUCUGUUGUCGAGGUAUGGUUGGUGAUACAUGAUCUAUAG